GCCCUCAGCAGCAGCUAGCACGCGGAGAAAAUGAACACAAGUGAGUCAGAGACUAUAGCAGCAUGUCCCUAGGUGCUUUUCUGACCUUCCAGGAAAUCUUCACUAUUGCCGUCAGUCUCCAGCGACCUCUCAGCACCAUGAAAGUUGUGGUCCAUCUUUCCCGCGGCAGCAGCUAGGAGAGCAUGGCACCCCUGUGUCGGUUCACACAAUCUAGUGCAAGUCUUUAUCUUGCUUGUGCUAAGGUUGUGCCUGGCAAGAAGAGGAAGUACACGACUGUUUCAUAUGUCGACGUUGGAUUUUGAGGCGAGGUCCAAAGCAAAUUGGUUCUGUUCCUGCCAAGGACUGGAAUCUUACCUCUGGUACCCAGCCCGGCCUCAGAGUCCCCACUGACAGUUGCCAUCCCUGAGACUGAGCUCAGUCUGAUUUCUUAAGCCUUUGCCUGUUGCCCAGUGUCGGUACCGGGGUUGCUCCUAUGGGAACCCAACCCGAUUACCUCCUCUGGGCCCUUCUACCAACAAUGAACCUGACUCAUGACUAAUGCAUUCUGCACUAACCAGGAUUUAUUUGGAAAACAGAAAACCUUUAGCUAUUUCAAGAAGAAAGUGAUUUGAUACAAGAGUUGGAGGCUUACUAAGGAACUGGAGAGGCCGGCAGUCACCUUUAUCGAAAUGGGGCGGAUAGUAACAUAAAGAAAGAACCGCCGGUGAUCUCAGCUACCUGCCGUAGCCAGAAGCACCUGGCGACACCUCCCAUUGCUCAUCUGCCAAAGCUCACACACCUGCCUGCCACCACCACACUGGGCAUUGGCUUCUCUCCUGCCCCGUGAGUGUGUCCUGUUUGUGUGGCCUCACUCUCAACCUCGAUGACACAAAGCCUGGAGAAGGUAGCUCACACACUUCUAGCCUCAGAGAUACUGGGAACAGCGUAAAAGAAAGAACAUAGUGCUGAGUAGCUUACUGAUAGUACAGGCUGUAUCCUGUCUCUAGAAAUUUUCUGAAGCUGAGUAUUGAGCCUUUAAGUAGGACACUUAAAGAGGACAGUGUUACUCCUCCAAAGUCAAAGAUGCUAAGAAAAACAUUUCUUAUCUGCAGCUCUGUAACGGUGGCCUUGCAGAUGCCACUGCCCCGGAAGCUCUGGUGCUGUCCAGCCACCGUCGACCCCACCGUGUUCUUCAAUGUCACCGUGGAUGGCAAGCCCUUGGGCCAUGUCUCCUUUGAGCCGGUUGCAGACAAAGUUUCAAAGACAGCAGAAAACUUUCGUGCUCGGAGCACUGGGGAGAAAGGAUUUGGUGAUAAAGGUUCCUGCUUUCGCAGGAUUAUUUGGGAAUUUCUGUGCCAGGACUGUGCCUGCACAUGCCAUAAUGGCACUGGUGGCCAGUCCAUCUAUGGGGAGAAAUCUGACGAUGAGAAUUUCAUCCUGAAGCACACGGGUCCUGGCAUCUUGUCCAUGGCACAUGCUGGACCCAACACAAAUGCUUCCCAGGUUUUCAUCCCCACUGCCAAGACUGAGUGGUUGGAUGGCAAGCAUGUGGCCUCUGGCAAGGUGAAAGAGGGAAGGAAUGUUGUAGAAGCCAUGGAGGGCUUUGGCUCCAGGAAUGCCAAGGCCAACAGGAAGACCACUAUUGCUGACCAACACUUGACUUGUGUUUUAUCUUAACUACCAGACCAUUGCUUGUGUAGCUCAUGAAGGCACCCCUUCACCCCCAUCUGCUGGAAAUAUCCUAUAAUCUCUGUGCUCUCGCUGCAGUUCUGUGGGUUCCAUAUUUUCCUAAUACUCCCCUCCAGGUCUAGCUGGAUUGUGGAGUUAUGUUUAUGAUAAUGAAAGAAAAACUAAACAGCAACAAUAACACCAACCAAAGAUUCUGUAAUGGUUCUAAUAGUGGAUGUGAAUCACUUGUAUCAAGUGAUUUGAUACAAGAGUUGGAGGCUUACUGACUAGUCCAAGCAGAACUACCAGGAAAAUUGGGCAACUCUCUGUACCCACACCCUUACUCUGCGCAGUAUAGUUGUACCCUGAGAUUUCCUUAUUUCCUGGUAAAAUAUGUACCACACUUUAGUCAGCUGACUCAGUGUCUGUUCUACUCCUGUAUGCCAAGGUCACAGUCUUGGAUACGUUUUGGGCUAAGUCUGCUCCUCCAGAGACGAGUCUUGGAAAAAGUCCCCAGGAGGCAGUGGGGACUGGCCAGUGGGUCAUCCCUGAGUACCUGCUCCAUCACAUAGUCGUCCAGGGCAUGGGACUUGGCUGAGUGCUAACACCACUGUGGCUGUUGCUUUUAGUGGCAUAUUAUACUUGUCAUCUGAUUCACAACAUUUGCUUCCAGAAGCUGUGCUUUUGGCCUGGGUGCAAGACUAAAAGGCUGAAGCAACCAUGAAAUUGACCUAAUGCUGUUUAAAAAUGUUACUGCUUCUUACGAGUCAUGAAGUCUGAUUUACUCCUCAUAGAAUGCUAAUAAUCAGGUUUCUUUUCAUCGCAAAGUGAAAUAGUCUUUGUAUAUUCAUGAUUAGGUAUUGGGAAGGAAAUUUUACUCUGUUUAGUAGAUUAACUAAUAGUAAAUAUGAAGCCGUGAUGUAUUUUUUUUCCCUCAAGAACAUUUCAUAAAACCAGAACUCAGUAAAGCCAGUUGUUCUUUUGGAUAAGCCAAAUAAAAGGUGUUCUACCUAAGCACCUAGGGACUCUUGAUUUAAUCUAACUGAAAUAUUAACUUCAAUUUUUUUAAGACUUCAAUAACUGAUAGUUCUAAUUUAUUUCUUCUGAGAAAUUUGUGUUGGAAUUCUAAUCGAUAUUAUUCUAACGAUUAAAAAAAUUCUGGUUGGAAAGUAGAGAUAUAUCUACUAUUAAAAU